AUGUUACAUUAUGUUUACAACCUUCUCGACCCCAAUCAAUUCUUGGAAUAUCCAGCUGGACUUCCACCGCUUCCACUGGUUGGCGAUGUCUCUGUGCCACCACCAGAGUCUCCGCCAUAUCCUGGAGGUGAGCUUCCUUCACCGCCGCUACCUCCAUUGUCUACAGGGCUUGUUGGGUUGUCGCUCGAGCUUGGCGCAGGAGGACUCGAGUCAGAGCCAGAGCUUCCAUAUCCUGGAGGGCUGUCGUUGCCUGUUGGUGAUGUGGGUGGACUUUCGCCUUGUGAGGGAGGCGAGGAACCGCUGCUGCCCGAUGCUUGUGGUGGGCUGCCGUAUCCGUUUGCACCACCUCUAUUUCAAAGGUCAAUGAGCUGUUAUUUGUCCGGUCGAAAGACAUCGGUACUUACCCAAUCGAGCCAGAUCCACUUCCACUACCGAGAGUCAACACCGUGUGCCGAACUUUCGACAUGUCGCUUUCUGCUUACCUGCCUUGUCCACCAAUACCUGCCCCGCCUCCAAUGCUCCCGCCAGCACUGCUUUAACAUCAGUGGCAUGUACUACAUAUGUAGUGGUGCAAUGAGCUUACCCUCCGCCCAGACCACCUCCCACUUCUCCUCCUCCACCGACUUGUCCUCCUCCACCGACUUGGCCACCACCAUUGAGUCCAGCGCCUGCGCCGGCGUCGCCCCUGUAUUGAUAUCAGCGAGCAAUCUAUGUGAGCGAUGGCAAGGAAUCCAUACCCAAUGCCUGCGCCUAUGCCUGCGCCUAUGCCUGAACCACCGCUGUCGCCAAGUCAGUAUAGAUCACUCCACCUCCCAAAGAUACACCUCCUCUAUUCCAAUGUUAGCGAAACGAAGCCUGAACCAAGGGAAAGCCUACCCAGCGUUAAGACCACCACCAAUGCCAGGAAGCGAUAUCGAAACGCCGCUAUCUCCGCCCGCGCCUAAGGAGACAGAACCGCCCAGAGGGAGGCCGAGGGAGAAUCCACCUCCACCAUUGCCAUUGAUGCCAGCUCCAGCGCCUUCAAUCAUCAGUCAUUGGUGUAAAAGAGAAGAGCUGCUCAUGCUUACCUCCAUUGGCGCCGCCUGGCACUCCUCCUGCGCCUGGAUCGUAUCAGUUGCCAGAUCAUUGGUGUAUAAGAGCAGAGCUGCUCAUGCUUACCGCCAUUGA